ACUCCUGGGAGAAUCGCAAAUGUGCACUCCUCGCGUCCUCUCUUGCUCUCCUCAAAACCCAUUGGAUGAGAAAGCCAGAGGUCUCGUCCCUCCGACAUUUUCCUCCAAUGGGUUUUGAAAAGGAGGUGAGGAGAGAGGACGCGAGCAAAUACAUUUGAGAUUCUCCCCCAGACACGCAAGUAAAACGGAAACAUCCGAACGGUGUAUUCAUUGUUACAUGCGUUUAAAUAGCCUACUAACGACGUCUUUUAUCAUCUUUACAACUCAUUCGUCAUUGACUGUAACUCAAGAUGUUUGGCUUCCACAAGCCCAAGAUGUACCGGAGCCUAGACGGUUGCUGUAUCUGUCGGGCCAAGUCCUCCAGCUCCCGCUUCACCGACAGCAAGCGCUAUGAGAGGGACUUUCACAGCUGCUUUGGGCUGAGUGAGGUGCGUUUUGGGGAGAUCUGUAAUGCCUGUGUUCUCCUGGUGAAAAGGUGGAAGAAACUACCAGCUGGCUCCAUAAAGAACUGGAAUCAUGUUGUUGAUGCUAAAGGUUCUGGGUCAAGCUGGAAGAUGACAGUGAGGUCCAAGAAGAGGCGAGCCAGGCCAAGUCAGAUCAGCCGAGUGCAGAAGGAGCUCAAGAGACGCAACUCUGACGCCCACAGCACCACCUCCAGUGCCUCCCCUGCCCAUUCUCCCAGCUACAGCAACCAAUCAGACGAGGGCUCGGACAUGGAACUCUCACCUGGUGCCACCCACUCGCCAGUCUUCUCUUUCCUGGACCUCACCUACUGGAAAAGGCAGAAGGUGUGCUGUGGCAUCAUCUACAAGGGACGCUUCGGAGAGGUACUCUUAGACCCCCACCUCUAUAAGCCCUGCUGCCAGAAGAAACAACAGCAUGAGCCAGAGGAGCAAGCACAGGCGAGCAGAGCGAAUGUGAUGAGCCCCACGCCACCGAACAUCCCACUCACUCCCCCAGGUCAAAGAUGAGGGGCGGAGGAACAGUGGGGAUUUGAUGUCAUAAUGUCUCAGACACUCUACAGAAGUCAGGUGGAGACCGUUGGGAUUUUAUGAAGUUCUGGAGCGCUCACAAGACAGUCUUCUGGGAUUGCUUUCAAUUCAAGGGCAGCUGGACUACUUCUAAAAUGUUGCGUUCUGUACCAGGAGGGCAAGGUUUGUUAUUUUAUAUCUGUUAUCAAUGGACUCUUGCCCCCCCCCCCCCCUUUCUCUCUGAGUGCUAUGAGAUUGUGAAUAUUCACAAUUUGUUUUCAAUAUAAAAUGCUGGAUCCACUAAAGCUGUAUGAGAAAUGGAGACCUCUGGAACUGUACCUUUUUGUAGUAGGAUAGAGCCAUAUCCAUUAGGAUCGAGAACAGCCUUCUACACUCUGCCUUCUCCUGUCCUAUACCCCAUACACACACACUGGGUCUGGUCACUUUCUGAAAGGAUUUAUUCUCUCUUUUAUUUAGCUUGUCCUUUCCUUAAUCAACAUGGUCAUUGAUCAGACUCCUAAUAAAGGGUAAAGCUGUAGAAAUUUGGCAAAAUCAAUUUGUCAGAGUUGUGGGAAGCAAUUCAGCUUUUUUAAUGUUUCUAAAAAAUCUGACCAGAGCCUUAUUCUUUAGAGGUUUCUUUGUUAAAGGGACACGUCUACACAACCAAUGUCAUAUCCAGCCUUGAUUGUGCACCGGGUGUACUCUCUGAUAUAUUAAUACUAUACUCUUUCCAGUGCACAUUUUAACAUUUGAUAUUGUAAUAUGUAAGGCCAGUGAUAUUGUUCCGUGUCUUUGGAUGUACAUACAAAGCACAUUCAAACGUUUUGAGGGAGCCUAUAGUGUGCCCCUAUAGCGCUCUCGAUCGCCAGUCCUCACCUGAACCAAUAUAUAAGCUAAAAAUCCACAAACUGACCUUGGAGCAGCACUUUUUGAACACUUCCUAUCUCAGUCUACAGACCAGUUCCAUUUAGUUUCCUAGCCCCUUAGAGCAUAUCUGAAGGUGACGGUAUAGUGGACACUUAUUUAUUCCUUUUUAGUUCUUUGAACACACACAGGGUUCCGGGAAGGGGCUAUGGUGCUAAAUGGAACGAGGCCUAUGGAUCCUCUUAUGAUGUCAAGAAAAGACUGGCGAGUGGGCCAACCAAAAAGCUUCCCUGGUUUUCUCCUAUUGAGAAUUUUGAUGCCCUUUAAUUGUGCUAUAAGUUUGAUGCCUUUCCAGAACUUUUUGAGUCCUGCACGAUUCGGUUGUACAAAUCCGUCUACAUCUUUUGCAAGAUGUUAGUGGUGAAAUAAUAACACCAUUUUCGUCUGCCACUUGGCCUCUGGCGCAAAUACUGUACAGUUCUGAAUAUUUUUGUGUAUAUAAGGGGGGGGGGGCUACAAUGUAAUGAAUAGAUCGCAAAAAUGUUCUUCUUAGUAUUGUUAUAUAUGUCCCAUGACUGUCAUGGAUAUUGAGGGUGGUUCUAUACAAUUGUCAGUACAUGCCGUUAACCGAGAAAGCCCCUACAACAUCCCUCAUGUAGGCUACUUUUGUCGUCACUUAUUUCAAGAAAUGUGUUUUCAAGUUCUGUACCUCCUGCCCUAUCCACUACUGUUCAUGUCAUUUAAAUAUUCUUAAACCAUGGUAAUAUUUUCUGAAACUGACAUUUAAUUUCUAAGCUUUUUAUUCUCCAUGUCAGUGAAAUAGACUAGAGGCUGUAUCAACAUUGCAUACUGGGGGGGGGGAUUGUAGAGCUCUGGCCAUGUAUUUGUUCUGCUAGUAUCGAGACGUGAAAGCUCACAUGCCAAAUUAACACACUCAUUAUUGUGUGAACUCAUGUUCAAUUUACCAUAUUUUAUUCUCUGCAUCUGGUUAAUAUUAGCACUGAGUGUACAAAACACUUCCUCUUUCCAUGACAGACAGACCAGGUGAAAACUAUGAUCUCUUAUUAUCCCCUGUUAAGUACACGUCAAUCAAUGUAGAUGAAGGGGAAACUGGUUAAAUAAGGAUUUUUUUUAAAAUCCUCGAGACAAUUGAAAUAUAGAUUGGGUAUGUGUGCCAUUCAGGGGGUGAAUGGGCGAGACAAAA